CGGGGCGUGCACGCCUCUUCCGCCCUGGGCCCGGAAGGGUGAUGUGGCUGGGGCUUCGCCGGCCUCACUAUGGCACAAGGAGUUGAUAUGAACCUCAAUAAAAUAGAGAAGACCAUCACAAUACAGUUUGAUGGGUGCACUCUAUGAUACACACCUGCACAACGAUCCUGACUCUGCUCGGUGUGGCAAGUGAGGACAGGGAAGACUUUACAGAGGAGUCUGCCAUUUUCAAUUUUCAGAGUCUGUUGACUGUAAUCUUGCUGCUUAUAUGUACCUGUGCUUAUAUCCGAUCCUUGGCACCCAGCCUCCUGGACAGAAAUAAAACUGGAUUGUUGGGUAUAUUUUGGAAGUGCGCCAGAAUUGGUGAACGGAAGAGUCCUUACGUUGCAGUGUGCUGUAUAGUGAUGGCCUUCAGCAUCCUCUUCAUACAGUAGCUUGGAAGAAUAUCAGAAUUUAAUUGCCAUCAGAUCUCAGUAUGAAAAAAGGACUUAUUUACAGAAAAUAAUGGAAUGAAUGGUUAACCCUUUUAUCUCUGAACAUUGAAUGAUAAAUUUCCAGCUGCUGUUCUCUAGUUUUAUUAUUGGACCAAUGUUCUGUAUAAAUAGGAUGUAACCAUUUAAUACUCAAAGAGUUUAAUAUGUCUGUAACAAUCAACCUCAGUACUGUCACUACAAUAUUACAUUCUGCAAAUGCUAUUCUGUUAUGUCAGAUACCAGUUUUCAGUGAGGUAUCUCUAAGGCGCAUAAUAGAAAACAAAAUUGGUAAAUGACCCAAGUUUCUUUCACUGUGAUGUGGGAAUGAUAAAUCCUUAUAGAAUGAGAAAUUUUUCUGGACUAGCUUUUUUAUUGGGGGGGAAAAAAGGUUCAAUUUGUGUUGGUAAGGAUUGCAUUCAUAUUUAGUAAUGCUUGCUUUUUCCUCUGGCCACACCAGGGCAUUAACGGAGUACCUCGAAGCAAACGCGCUAGUGUAUCACAGGUGUUCAGCUAUUUCAAACAAGCCUCCUCUUAAGGAGGAAGAUAAAUGAGAUCAGCCUUAAGAGUAGCCCCCGAAAAAUGUUCAUAUUUAGCAUAGAAGAGCUUAGAAUAGCUGACUGGUAUAGUAGCCUCUGAAAACUCUAGAUAUGUAUGGAUAAAUAUCUUAAGCAUAAAUUUGAUCAGCUGUCAUUCUCUAAAUAAGACUGCAUUCUUAGUGUGAAAAUAGCAAAAUAGAAUAAUUACAGUAUGAUAAUCCUAUUUGUGUUUUUCAUUCUUUUUAGUGUCAGGUCUCCACUUAUUUUAAUUGCCCCAAACACAAACUGUAUUUUGUUUGUUUUUAAAUAUAGCACUUUAAAUCUAGUUUACUUUUUGUAUGUCAAUUUGAACUAGAAUCUUCUGUGUAACUCAGUCGGUGAUGAUAAACAGUUUCAAAUCUGCUUAUCCGUACACCUUGGCAUAAGUGUCUGAGUUUUGAUGACAAAGAAAGACCUUCAACAAUUUCCAUCAAACCAAGAGAAACAUUUGGAAUGUGACUUAAAAAUUUUGCAGUAGACCAGUUAUUAUAAGUUUAGUUAUCAUUUCUUGUUUCAACUGAAAUUCUGUUAGAAUUUCAAAGCUAAGAGGAACUUAAACAUCUUAGCCAAAAAUUGCCCAUCGUAGGUAGUACUAACUAGAUAUUGUCCUCAGCUAUUAAUAUAUUUUCUUUUUUUAAGAAAAGAAAAUUAUUUAGAGUUAUUUGAAAAUUAGUCUGGCAGUAGUUCUUUCUGUAGAAAUAAACUUUGGAACUAAAAGCCAUCUAUUUUUAAAGACCACUUUAAAGUACUUGAAAAGAAUUCUAGGAAACAUGUAAGAAAAGCUUGUUAAGCAUUGCCUGCUUUUCUCACAAAAGAUAAAAGCUGCUGUAGGCUAUCAAUAUAAUUGUUUAUUUUACAUUUGAGACAUAUCUCACUUGCUAAAAGUUGUAUAUUUUGCUUUAGGCAGGGAAUCAGGUUAUGAUCAUUGUGCCUACUCUGAACUGUCUCUUGGGCUUUGCAUUAGGUCAAGAAUUUUCAGGGUAUCCUAAAAAUAGGACUCUUAUCAGCAUAUACAUGCGGAGUCAGUCACCUUUCUGGGUCUGGUCUCUGAGUGGCCAUCUGUUGUCCCACUCUUCUGCCAACUAGACUUUCUAAAAGCUAUGUCAACUAAUUUUUUAUAUGCUAACACAAAUCUAAUAUGAAUAAAGAAUAUUCCAAAUAAUCAGUUCUAGGGCAUUUCUUUAAUUUUGGCAUUUUGGAGAAGGUAGGUGGAAAUUGGAGGAAGAAAUAAUUUCUUUGAAAAAUCUGUGGGAACAUAUAAAAAAUCUUUCUGUGUGGAGAUGCUCAACAGAGCUGGAGGCAGCUUAUUUCUGACCCCAGACACUGACCUUUUGAAACACAAGCUCUUUGGAAGGUAGAGGAAAGACAGGAUUCCAUGAAGAAAAGCAAUUAGCAUUUUCUUUAAUGUAGUUUUUUCAAAGAGCUACCACUGAAUCCUUUUCUCUAACUCAUAGGGCAGUGUAGGUAUUUUUAGGUGCACAGAAUAUUCAGAUGUUACUGUUGUGGGCUUGGUGGGGUGGUAGGAUGCAGAAGAGGAUGAAGGAUCAGUCUAGCAUCCGCUAGACCGCCUCUGUCACAUAGUCUUACUGCACGGCUGGAAGGGAUGGGUGGUGGGCAAGAAGUCCACAGCUCACAAGGUUUGAAGACCCCCUAAUCUCUUUCCUGGCUCCAGAAUUGUUUUAUUCCAUCUCUCCUGGAGAUUGUUUUGUGUUGAUACUUAGUUCCUGAAUGACGUCAGCUGUGUCCAUGGCAGGAGCCAGUCUUCUUUCUGGGCAGUCUUAGAAGAUGGUUAAUCAAAAGGCCACUUAGGCUGUUGAAUUCCCUCCAUAGCUUAAAAGAAUUUGGAUUUAAGUCCAGUGUCUUGUAAAUGCCUGUGCUCCUGUGCCAGGCACGUCCCAUGUUCAAAUUCAAAAUAGCCCCUUCACACUAGGGAUAAUAAUAAUUGGUAAAUGUGUAACAGAUGCCCUCAUCUUAGUAAUAUGCAGAUCAGUCUCUUUUUAUCUGAGGACAAAGAAGAGGUCAGAAUGAAGUGAUUCUCCAGGACAGAGUGAAAAAUGAACAGGUCUCUGCCUAGUUUUGUGGGAAAGACCUAGCAUUUGUAAAUAGAAUUUAUACAUUUGACCAUUCUUUCAAGAAGCAUUUAUGAAGUAUACGGUACCUUAUCACUAAAGACAGAAAAGUGCGUAAUUUCUGUCCUCUAGUAGUUCACAGUGCAGUGGAUGAGAGAGAUGAAAUUAUUUAUACAAACUCCAAUGUGAUAGCAUUUAUUAUUGAAAUAAUGCCAGGAUCUAAAAGAAAAUAAGGGUGACAACUUAGAGGUAAGCAUUUCCUGCCAGAGAAGGAGUGCUUAAGCUGGAUUUAAGAGCAAUAUGCAGAAGCACCAGUGGUAUAUUACGAACUAUAAGCACCUAGCUUGUUGUGCUCGUUGGGGAGUAUUAAGACAUAAGUCUAAAAAGGUAGACAGAGGUUAGAUCCUAGACGGUCUUAUAUUUUUUCUCACUACUGUUACCUACCUCAAAAUUGAAGUUGAAUAUAUGUUCCCUCCUGCCUGACAAAAAAAAAACUUGGAAAAAAAAAAUCUUUGGUGUAUGUGUAAACAAGUUUAAGUAUAUCCAUGUCAACCUUAAUUUGGACCAGGAAUACAAUAGUAUACUCUCCAGAGACUCACCUGCAUGUAUAUAAAGCCAAGGUAACAUUAGUCAGAUCGAGUAUGUUCAGCAACUCUCAAAAGCUCAUACUCCACCAAUGCCUAAAGCAGCCAUGAUUCUUAACACGCACAUCUGCACAAGAGUGGAAGUGGUGGCACUGUCUACGUUUCCUGGGUGCACAGAAGAGAUGUCUAGUACUCUCUUCAAAGCCUUUGGGAAGUUAUUGGAUCAUAGGAAGCUGAAAAGAAUUGAAGAUUCUUAGGGACCACUUUGAACUUUCUCUGGUGUUCAGUAAACAGAUGUUCAAAAUAGAAGUAACAACAAUAUCAGCAUUAUGAAUAUGAUAGCCUUGUUAGUUUCAAUCAGCAAGUUACUACUGGCUUCUAAAAAUAGCUUCAUAAUUAUGUCAUUUUUACUCUGCUUUCCAUGGUUUCUUUUAUUUUGCCCUAAACUAAUCCCAAAAUAAUCUGAAAUCCAACUCUGACAUCAAAAAAGGGGGAAGGUGGAUAUCUGUUUCCUGUGAUUUUAAGAGAACAGAAUCAUCCUGUCUGUGGUGUGUAAUAAAAAUCAAAACAAACUCUCAA